AUGCAUCCUCUACAGGUCAACCCCACCACAGGUGAGCCGUACCUACGGCUGCCGAGUCCUCAUAGCAACAUUAUCGUUACCCCUCCGCGAAUGAGCGAUGUGGAUGCGAGCGUUCGCGAGCUAAACGAUCGCAAAGUCGUGGACUGGCUCAUAGGACCGCCCUACCCAUACCUUCCGUCCCACGCAGAGGAGUGGGUAGCAACUGCUAAGCAGGCGUCCGACGCGAUUCUGGCAGACCUGCAGCGAGACGAACCGAACAAGGCAAGGAGCCCGUUAAAAUUUGUGGGGGGAUGUCCAGUACACCGCUUGCGAGAAGUGGGCGAGGACGGAACCGAUACGUUCGUCGGUGACAUCAGUUUUCGUCGCUGCGCAUUUCCACACGAAGGCGAGGAACAAAGUGUACGCUGCGAGGAGAACGCAGCACGCGCAGUCGGUGACCCGUCCAUCGUCUGGUGUGUCGGCUACUAUACGGCCAGCUCUCACCACGGGCGAGGCAUCAUGAGCGCUGCAUUCCGCACACUCAUGACGGAAUGGGCGAUCCCCCGGAUGAACGUACGAAUCAUGCGGGUCGAAACAUAUAGAGAGAACGUUGCGAGUGCGCGUGUCUUUGAGAAGUUUGGUUUUGUGCAGGAGCGGGUUGCGGACGAUGUGGUGACGACGAACACGGGGGCGGUAUGGCAUGGCGUUCGCCUGCUGUGGUGGAGACAUCCGUGA